AUGCUAGUCAUCAUUCCCCUGAGCUUCCUUAAGAAGCUGGACUCGCUCAAGUACACCAGCAUCGUCGCCCUAGUCUCUAUUGGGUAUCUUGUCAUCCUGGUCAUUUACCACUUCGCUACCGAUCGUCUCAAGGACAUGAGCGAAAUCAGGGUUAUCGAGCCGGAGAGUACCAUCGCGUUCCUCAGCACGUUGCCAGUGGUGGUCUUUGCAUACACAUGCCAUCAGAACAUGUUUGCCAUCUUGAACGAGAUUAAAGAUAACUCUCCUGGUAGUGUCAUGGGCGUUGUAGGCUCAAGCAUUGGCGGCGCCGCGUCCAUUUACAUCGUCGUUGCUAUUACUGGUUACCUUACUUUCGGCAACAAGGUUGUGGGCAACAUUGUCAUGAUGUACUCUGCGACCGCCGCUUCGUACAUCGGCCAGUUGGCCAUUGUCGUGCUCGUCACCUUCUCCGUCCCGUUGCAGGUCCACCCUUGCCGCGCAUCAGUCGAUGCGAUUCUCAAGUGGCGCCCCAAUCGCACCCCAAGCGGCAACGCCCGCGCCAGUUCUCCAGGCGGUAACCCACUUCUGCCAUCGUCGGCUUCUGUCCGCUCCGACCACGGAUCGAGCUCCUCUAUGGGCGAGACCCGAUUCGCCAUUCUUACCUCCAUCAUUCUCAUUCUUUCUUAUGUCACCGCACUUUCCGUCCAUAGCCUCGAGAGAGUUCUGGCCUACGUGGGAAGCACUGGGUCGACCAGCAUCAGCUUCAUACUGCCGGGUCUUUUCUAUUAUAAGAUUAGCGACCCCGAUAGCAUGCACCAGCAACGUCUCCACAAGGAGGACGACGACGCCGACCUGCUCUCGGACGAAGAGGAUGCGGACCCCAUGGUCACCAGCAUCGCCAGUCUCGGCAGCGUCGCCAGCGUUGUUACCAACCCACGCCAAUGGAACCGCAAGUGGCGAUGGGACCUUGAACACAUUGAACAGGACGUCCUGCGCAAGAUGGCCUUGGCUCUCGCCAUAUAUGGCGUGUGCGUCAUGGUAGUUUGCCUUUUUAUGAACAUUGUGUUCCACGCGUCUCACUGA